AUGAAGAAAGAAUAUACCAACCAGACUGCUGUGAGCUACUUCCUCCUAGACAGACUGAUGUACACAGCUGAAUAUCCCAGCCUCUUUUUCUUCCUCCUCUUCCUCAUCUACAGCAUCACAGUGACUGGGAAUAUCCUCAUUCUCCUAACUGUGGGCAUAGACCAGCACCUCUCUUCACCCAUGUACCACUUUCUGGGACACCUCUCCUUCCUGGAUGCUUGUCUGUCUACAGUGACCGUGCCCAAGGUCAUGGCUGGCCUUCUAACACUGGAUGACAGGGUGAUCUCCUUCAAGGGCUGUGCAGUCCAGUUGUACUGCUUCCACUUCCUGGCCAGCACCGAGUGCUUCCUGUACACAGUCAUGGCCUAUGACCGCUACCUGGCCAUCUGCCAGCCCCUGCGCUACCCGGUGGCCAUGAGCCGGCAAAUGUGUGUCAGGCUGGCGGGGCUCCCGUGGGUCACCGGCGCUGCGCACUCUGCAGUCCACACCUCCCUCACCUUCCGCCUGCACUACUGUGGGCCCCAUCACAUCGCCUACUUCUUCUGUGACAUCCCCCCUGUGCUGAAGCUGGCCUGCUCAGACACCAGCUUGAACGAGCUUGUCGUUCUGGUCAACAUCGGGGUUGUGGCCGGGGGGUGCCUGGCCCUCAUCAUCAUGUCCUACGUCUUCAUUGUGGCCGCUGUGCUGCGCAUCCGCACCGCAGAGGGCCGCCGCCGCGCCUUCUCCACCUGCUCCUCGCACCUCACCGUGGUGCUGCUCUACUACGUGCCACCCGUCUGCAUCUACCUGCAGCCUCGCUCCAGCGGGCCGGGAGCCGGGGCCCCUGCCGUCUUCUAUGCCAUGGUCACACCCAUGCUCAACCCUUUCAUCUACACCCUGCGCAACAAGGAGGUGAAGCGCGCUCUGAGCAGACUUCUGUGUCCUGGCUCCAGAGAGCCUCCCGCGGGCAGCCCGCCCCUCUGAGCAAGCUGGCCGCCUCUUCCUGCGCCUGCCAGGCCAGCACCUCUGCCCAGAUCAAAGUCAGGAGGGGAAAGCUCUCCACAACA